AUGUCAGUCACCUUGCACACCAACGUCGGUGAUAUCAAAGUUGAAGUGUUCUGCGACGCUACUCCACGUGCCGCAGAGAACUUUCUUGGCCACUGCGCAGCUGGCACGUACAACGACGUCAAAUGGCAUCGCAACAUCAAAUCGUUCAUGAUCCAGACGGGUGAUCCCACAGGCACAGGCAAAGGAGGUCAAUCUAUCUGGGGCAAACCUUUCGCCGACGAGAUUCGCUCAUCUCUCAAGUUUGAUCGUCGCGGAAUCGUUGCGUGUGCCAACGCCGGACCAGAUACCAACAAGUCACAAUUCUUCAUUACGUAUGCUAAGCAGCCACAUCUAGACGGCAAGUACACAAUCAUAGGCAAGGUCAUCGAUGGCGCCGAAGAUGGAGGGACACUGGAUGCUAUGGAGGCCAUACCUGUCGAUGCGAAGAACAGACCAACCAGCGAGAUCAGGAUGACGGGCGUUACGGUGCACGCCAACCCAAUCGCGAUCAAGGCGGCAGGCAAGUGA